UAAUCAUUAAAACAAAAUAUGGCUUUUGAAUUACGUUUCCAAGUGAAAUUGUGUACCAUACUACAGGCAUCAUUCGGAACAUUUUUUAACGUCACAACAAAACAGUCAGCGCGGCCACUCAAAAAGUCUCUGUGCUUAUUCGAAGUAAAGAAAAUAAUUUGUAUUUUUAUUAAAACUAUGUCUAAUUCCAACGUUAGGAAUCGUCGCGUUUCUAUGAGGCAGCUUGAACUUUUGUGGGAAUUCUUAAAUUCUAAUAAAGACAUUGCGACUGGUUUUAACCGCUCCUUACAGGCGAAAGAAUAUUCGGCUAGGAAAUGGCAAGAAAUCGCCGAAAUUCUAAACGCACAAGGAGAUGGUGCACUCAAAGAUGGAAAAAUGUGGUCAAAGUAUUGGGUGGAUUACAAGGCAAAAUUAAAAAAAAGGAAUGCCGCUCUACAUUCAUCCAGACGGCGAACCGGAGGAGGAUCAGCUAAUGAGCCACCUUUGUCCCAAAUAGAGGAUAAAUUUUUAUCCAUACUAGGAGUAGAUUUUGGUCAAGGUAUGGCUGGAAUCAGAGUGGAUCCAUUAACAGAGGCACAUACUGCAGUAACAUCUGCUGAACCUACAUCACAGUCCAUUUUGACAAGGGAAGGUAUGGAAGAACCUUCACUUGUUCAACUCGAGGUGUUUGAUGAUGGUGCAGGACCUUCGCAUGAAGUGCCAAUAUUGGAGGGAAUAGACCAAGCCAUAUUGGAGGAUCCAUUUCCUGCGGUAGUUGAGGGGGAGAGAGCAGAGAGAGAAGAACCAGAAUUAUUGGCACCAUCUCCCCAGCCUAGUGGACGCCGCAGCCGCAGCCGCCAUGUUUUAUCUCGGGAGGACGCUAGGCGUCUUUUCGUGCAGUCGGCCCAAGGAAAAACAGAGGCCAGUGUGCGUAGCAGUAAUGCCAUGGAGGGUGUGCAGCGAAGCCUGGCACUUAUUGCCAAUAGUCUAAAAACGAUACAAGAUGAUAUACGGGAUAUAAAAAGCAUUAUGUCUACCGCCUUUCCCAGAGCCGCUGAAUGAGAGCAUUCCUCACGGCCACACCCUGCUGGAGUGCUACGUUACCACGCCCUCCUUCCGUCACUGGAAUACUACUACGUGCAGAAUAAAUUGCCACUAAUCGCGAUUCUUCUUGUCUUUCUUCUGUAGUUAACUCUUGCGGAGGUAGCUUGGCUCCAUUGCACAUAUUAUGUAAUAUAACACAUGAAUUGACAAUAGAACCAGCUACCUCUGGUUAAUAGUGCAAUCUUCUAUGUAGUAGUAAACAACGGAAUCGUGCUUUUAAAAGACCAAUUGUGCGUUCAAUUAUAUUUCUAGUAUGCACAUGCAAAUUUGUAUAAUGUGCC